AUGAGUUCCCCUGUAAAAAAAUCCCUAUCCCUUUAUUUACUAAGUUUCUUGCCUUUUACUAUCACUACUCCCUGUUUCAGCGAAGCCAUGCGUCGCAAAGCCCCCACCACUCUGUUUCUUGUUUUCCUCUGCGUUCUUCUCUCCGCUUUUUGUUCUCUUCAUCUCUCCCGCACCGCCAUAUCCCUUUCCCUUAAGGACCUCCGAUUCCAUCCCCAUAACUUCAUCGCCCGACUCGAGGACCCCGAUUCUUUAAACCAGGUCAUUAAAGAAGACAUCAAGGAGCUCACUCACCGGACUCGACACGUCUCCUCCAUUCAAGGCCCCGUCGAUUCGGUGUCGGUUCUUUUACUGAACUGGGAAGUCCUCGUCCUCGUCUUCGUCUCGCCUAGUAGUGACACCUCGCUGACGUCAAAUUCCGGGGAGAGUUUUUAUUGCCUUUUCCAAAACAACGAGACUUCUCCAGCAAAUUUUUCGGGUGUUUUACCCUUCAGCAAUGCCACGGCGUUCAAGUGCUUGCUUCCCAACGGUAAUCGUAGACGCCGCCCGUUUCACCAGCCCGUCCUGACGAGGUCGCCGGAAAAGGAAUCAGCCGUCGUUAUCUCUUCUGCGCCUGUAAUGCCACGGUGGGACUUCUUGGUGUACGAAUCUUUCUCUACCGAGAACGACGUGGUUUUGUUCGUUAAAGGCGUUAACAACCGUCAAGGCAUCAACAAGUCUCCAAAGCAAUUCAAUUGCGUGUUCGGUAACCACGUUAAAACCCCCGUUACCAGCUCCAUGCAAGAGGUAUUCAGGUGCCACCAUCCCAAUUUAACGGCCGUCAAUAUUCCUACUGCUAGCGCCGAAAGAAUCAAAGUCUCCCUCGAAAUCAACAGAGAAAAGCUGGUAGUCCCUUCGGUAGCAUAUUACACUCCUAGACGCACGCCAGCAAACUCAAAGCCCAAAUCGUUAUUAUGCGCCACCACCAUGGUUUACAACGUGGCAAAGUUCUUGAGAGAAUGGGUGAUGUACCAUUCCAAGAUUGGGGUUGACAAAUUCAUCUUAUACGAUAAUGGAAGCGAUGAUAAUUUAGAGAGAGUGAUAAAGGAGCUUAACGAAGAAGGAGAAGAUUAUAACAUCGAAAGGAUUUUCUGGGUUUGGCCCAAAACGCAAGAAGCUGGUUUCUCUCACAGCGCAGUUUAUGCCAAAGAUUCAUGCACAUGGAUGAUGUAUGUUGAUGUUGAUGAAUUCAUAUUUUCACCAUCAUGGCUUAACAAUUCUUCUCAACCAUCCAAAGCUAUGCUUAAAUCUUUGUUGCCACCAAUAUCAUCCAACCGAUCAUCAAUCGGUCAAGUUUCUAUAAAGUGCAAUGAUUUCGGACCGUCGGAUCAAAAGAAGCAUCCGGCAGAGGGGGUGAUACAGGGUUAUAACUGUCGCAGGCGAGUUGAGCAACGACACAAAUCAAUAGUUCUAUUGGAUGCGAUUGAUCAUUCGUUACUAAAUGUGAUCCAUCACUUUGGGUUGAACAAGAGUUAUUACAGUUGGAAAGACUUGCCAUUGGACGUGGCAGCGGUUAACCAUUAUAAGUACCAAGCGUGGCCUGAAUUCAUGACCAAGUUUCGAAGGAGGGUUUCAGCUUUUGUUGCGGAUUGGAUGACAGGGGUUAACCCAAAAUCCAAGGACCGGACACCGGGGUUAGGGUUCCAACCCAUCAAACCGGAACGCUGGGAAAAUAUGUUCUGUGAUGUGAAAGAUGAAAGGCUGAAACUGUUGACGCAAAGAUGGUUCGGUUUUCAAACGCCUGAAGGGUUAAAAAUGGCAUGGCAAAGAUGAACAAUGCUGAGCCAUAGUGGUAGAGCCAACACAGCCAUAUUAGGUUUCAAGUUCUUCUUCAUUGAGCCUGAAGAGGUGGAAUUUUUUUUAACUCAUUUUUUUUAUUCCUUUCUAUGUAAGAGGAGAAAGGAAUUUUUUUCUUUUUUGGACAGAUCAACUUUAUUUUGUUACUUUGUGGUUGAUCAUCGAA